AUGUCUGAACUUCAUGAUCUUUGUCGUUUGACAAAAAGACCAAUAGAUCAAGAAUAUAUUAAGAACUUACAAUAUUACUUAUCAAAUGGUAUUCCAGCCACAUAUACUUUAGAAGAGGCUGAAAAUUUUGAAUUGGGUAAAGAAGAUGGAGAAUUAACAUCAACCACAACUCCAUUACAUUUGAUUUCUUAUAACAUUCCAAAUGAUUUGACUGAAGGUGAAACACAAAUUGUUUUACAAAUCAUUGAUGAAUUAUUUAGUUGGGGUGCUGGUUGGAAUUUAACUGAUAAGAAUGGUGAUACUCCAGGUGAUGUUUUAUUUAAAAAGAGUUUAAGAGGUAGUGAUUUUUAUUCAAGAUUUGUUGAUGCAGGUGUUCGUGCUGAAAUCUUGUUGAGAAAGAUUAAUGAUGAUAUCGAAUUUUUAUCAGAUGCUGAAGAACCAGAAGAUACUAAUGAUGAAGAAGUUCCACAAUUACAAGCAGAAGAAGAGGAACAAGAAGAAGCACAACCAACAGAGGAAGAAAUCAAAAAGCAACAAGAAUUCGAACGUAUCAAGAAUGAAUUAAUAAACGACCCAGCAAACACACAAUCAACAUACCUUAAAACGAAACUAGAAUACAAAGAUGGUGCAUUAAUCACAAAAGAUAACCUUGACGGUGUCAUGAUGGAUUGGGAAAAUGAAUUGAUGAAAGCAGGAUGUGAUACAAUUUUCAAAUCUUUGGAAUAUGCAGAAGAUGAAGAUGAUAUCAAAGAAGUUAACAUUUUAAACAUUGGUUUUGGUAUGGGGAUUAUAGAUACAAUGAUUCAAUCACGUAACCCAACACAUCAUUAUAUAAGUGAAGCGCAUCCAGAUGUUUUAGCUAAAUUACGUCAAGAUGGGUGGUUUGAAAAACCAAACGUUACAGUGUUGGAAGGAAGAUGGCAAGAUACAUUACCUGAACUAUUAAGUAAAGGUGUUUUUUUCAAUGGUAUUUAUUAUGAUACUUAUAGUGAACAUUAUUCAGAUAUGUUGGAGCUAUAUGAUUUAAUUGUUGGUUUAUUGAAACCUUCUGGUGUUUUCUCAUUCUUCAAUGGGUUAGGUGCUGAUAGACAAGUUAUUUAUGAUGUUUACAAGAAAAUUGUGGAAAUUGAUCUAAAUAACUAUGGUAUGGAUGUUAAAUAUACUGAAUUAGAGACUCCAAAAUCAACAGGUGAAGAAUUCGAUGACACAAAAGAAAGUGAAUGGCAAGGAAUUAAAAGGGCAUAUUGGAGAUGUAAAACUUAUUAUCAUCCAGAAAUUAGAUUCAUAUAA